AUGGGAAAGUCCAACAAUAAAAGCAGCAGAAGCAGCAGCGCCAAGUUCAAGCAUCGCUUCUCUCGGAUGCUACUCGGCUCCUCUUGCACCACCACCACCAUGGCAGCCACCACCUUGGGCCAAGCCAAGCUUCCGAGCGCCACCCCGCAGCGCCAGCUCUUUCCCGAUCCAGAUUGUCGCCGCCGACGCAAGCUCGAUCACCAUGCGCCCUUCUCCGCUACCGACCAUCGCCGGCUGCGCCACGUCGCCCCGGUCGUGAGUAUCUCCAUCAACUGCGGCGCCCGUCGGUUCGUGCAAACCUCUGAUCCGUUCCUUCCUUUGGUGAACAAGGAAGAGGAGCACGAUAACGAGAGGAAGACAGAAGCUAAGCAGAGAAGCAAGAGAGCAUCGGAGACAAAGAAGAAGAUCAAGAGAGCGGAAGCAAAGAAGCUGUUACCCGAUGCUUAUGGAUUCAUUAUCUCUUCUUCCACUGAUAGCGAGAACCAACUCGAUCUAUUAAGCAGUGAUGAAGAAGAGGAAGAAUCGGCGACUCUGUUAUCAUCCAAUAGCUUCUCCUCCGACUCCUCCGAAUUCUUCCACAACAGCAGGAAGAAGAACACGAAGUCCACCAGGCGCCUGGCAAGAAGACAUGCGACGCAUUCCAAAGAGCUGCGGCCACUGGUCUCCAUCGCGUCGAAGGAGAGGGAAGAGAGCCGAGAGAGAAGAGAGUCCAACGCAGGGUUCGCGGUGGUGAAGCGAUCGAGCGACCCAUACAGCGACUUCAAGAGCUCGAUGGUGGAGAUGAUCGUGGAGCGCGGCAUGCACAGGGCUCGAGACUUGGAGCGCCUCCUCGACGCUUACCUCUCCCUCAACUCGCAUCGUCACCAUCAGACCAUCCUCGAGGCGUUUGCCGACAUAUGCGAAGCCAUGUAUGGGAAGUAG